GGCUACUGGCAUGCUAAAUCCGAAUCGAAGCACGAAUUCGAGGUGUGCAAGCUUGUACCGGGACCGGGAGGCGGGGAGAAUAACAACACCGUUAAUUAUUACUGGGCAAAAGUGACCAACUUGGAUGGCUAUGCUGUGUUUGUGGGAUCCCACCAGUCGUUUUGUCUUCCCGCUGACCCACUACUCAAUAACAGAGUUAAAGGCAACUGCAUCUACUUCGCCUUUGGAGGAGACUCUAUUUUCUCUGAUGAUUUUGGCGUCUUCAAUCUCGUGGAUCAGACGGUCGAAAGGUUUGCAACCGAUUCUAAUAGUGACAAUACCCGUACUUUCUGGUUCCUCCCCAUGCCCUGGAAUAUCCAUGAGCAUAAAGAAGGGCAAGAAAGGAUGUUUCAGCAAAGGCAGACAGGGCCGAGCGUUUGCAUGGCAAAGUCAAAGACCGGUUACAGAAAAUACAAUCAGCAACGUGAAGGUAAUAACAAAGUCAGUACUGGACAACUAGCCAACAAAUUCCAAGCGUUAUUAAUCGAUGACGACGGCGAGGAUGACGAGGAUCAAGAUGACAGAUGA